UCGGUCCGAACUCGGACGGCGCACCGACGAGCGGUGGUGUGCGUGUGUUCGCCGCUAGAGCAGCGUGGGAACAUCACUCUCCGGAGUUUGCCGGCCGCUGCCACUCGAGCGCGCCUGCUUCGCCGAAGGUUGCUGCACCGCGUGUCUCGUAGUCUCUCCGGUGAAGCCCACCGUUCUCAAAGCAAGGAGCACAUGGCAUCGCAUGGGCUGCCGGCGUCGCGCUGGCGUCAGCGCCGUCUUGCCGGUUGGGACGUUUCGGCUAUCUGGGUGGUGGCUUGCGGUGCGCCGCACCUGUGUCUUUCCGUAUGCCUCCUGAUGUCCUUCCUGCUUACCGGAUCGGUCCUUGCCGCGCCGUCAAACGAAAAACCAUCAGGCGGCAAACCACUGUCCCCUGUCGAGCGCUGCACCAACGACCAGUACCAGCGCUGCCUGGGGUCUCUGGAGAGCGUGGCCAAAGGAGAGGACAUCACCCUGGUCACCAGCAAGAGGGAGCUGCACCACGUCUGCAGGAAGCUGAAACGUGUGGUGGACUGCGUGGACGAGCACACCGCGCAGUGCUUCGAUGCGACGCUGCAGCGCCUCUUCAACCAGGUGGUGGCCGGCGCCAAGGAGACCAUCGCCGAAGUGUGCCUGCCGGGAGACACCCAGGAAGACUUCCUUCGGCACGCCCGCUGCAACCGUAACGUGACGCUUGACGAAGAAAAGUGUGCGCCUGCGUACCGCCGCACCCUGGAGCUGGCGAAAACCGUCAGUCAAGCGCAGGACGUGGACCACGGCCUGAAGAGAUCCUGCUGCGCCUUCAGCGAGUUCGUGGAGUGCAAGAACUUCCACGUGGAGCGCGACUGCGGUGACCGAGCGAGCGCCUUCUUCUCUCGUCACAUGCAGCGCAUCUCGGGACCUCUCAUUGAGGACCACUGCGGACACUACGCGCACGGAGGAAGCUGCGACGACAGCGCCGCCUCCUCGGCAGACCGCGAAACUAAGGCGCGACGCCGGUUGCCGCUCCUUCUGGCCGCAGCCCUGACAGCCAUGGCGCUCAAGUCCAUCGGUGCGGGACGCUGUUGAAUCAAUGGGUGUGUUCCAAUACUCACCGUUGGAGAAUUGUCCGAGGGACGCGUUUUCUCUAUUAUACACCACUAAUGAAACCGGCAGAAAAUUGAGCCAAGGAAAUCAGAGGGGAUAUUAUUUGCGGUUUCUUAACUUUAAAGUGGAGUUGGGCGAAAAUAAAUGAAAUAUAAAUGAAAAAAACUAUGCCCUGCCUGCACCACCUAAGUAUCGCAGGCCAACGGUUUCUUAACUGUAGAUGAGCAACAAUUGAAAUAAAUUAAAGUGGACGAAGAGGUUGUAGGUUCGGAUCCC